AUGGCUCGGGGACACCAUCCUUCUACACCGGAGACAGUGGCUCUGCCUAAAGUCGAAUUCGAAAUCAUACUCGAUGAAAAAUCUAAACAACCAAGUGGCAGUUUUUCCAAACAGGCUAUAUCUUUUGGAUUUAACACCCACGCAUACUUUACCAAACCGGAGCACUACAUCAGGCAUACAGACCCAUUGGAAAGUGACCUUUCGAAGACAGUUGAAUAUGAUAUGGAUGAACAAGACGAAGCUUGGUUGAACCUUGUAAAUGCUGAGAGAAAGAAGAAUGGUUUCGGUACCGUGUCAUUGGAGGACUUCGAAAUUAUCAUGGAUCGAUUGGAAAAAGAAUGGUUUGACUUGACAAAAAACAUUCCCAAACCAGAGUUUGCUAUGCCAUCCGAAGACUCUACUUGCGCCAUUUGCGACGAUUCAGAGGGAGAAAACAGUAAUGCUAUUGUAUUCUGUGACGGCUGUAAUUUGGCUGUGCAUCAAGAUUGUUAUGGAGUACCUUAUAUUCCCGAAGGACAGUGGCUUUGCAGGAAGUGUACAGUUUCGCCUGAAAACCCUGUGAGUUGCUACUUGUGUCCAAACGAAGGUGGUGCAUUUAAGCAAACAACGCAUGGUGAAUGGGUUCAUUUGUUGUGUGCAAUCUGGAUACCGGAAACCCGAGUCGCGAACGAAGUCUUCAUGGAGCCUGUAACUGGAGUGGAAAGGAUUUCUAAACAACGAUGGAAGCUGAGGUGCAGCAUAUGUGAAGUUAGAGAAGGCGCGUGCAUUCAAUGCACUAAACCCUCAUGUUUCGUGGCAUUCCAUGCCACAUGCGCGCGGAAGGAAAAGCUGUUAAUGCCAAUGAAAAGCGCUCAUGGCUCAGAGCCUGCGUCUUUGACCUGCUUUUGCGACAAACAUUUGCCGCCGGAACAACAAGAAGUGCGUGCAACUGCUUUGGAGGGUGAGGAAAAACAAGAUCGAGCGGGACAAAACACUUCGAAGGCCGCUAGAGCGUACGCCAAGACAUACAAACCAGGGCCGCCAUUGGUGCCUGCAAUUAUCGUAAAGCGCAUCUUGAUAUACAUCAAGCGGUUGAAUAUCAGAAAAAAGCAGGAGUUCUUACAACAGAUGUGCCGAUAUUGGAGCUUAAAGCGCGAAGCUCGAAGAGGAGCUCCUUUAUUGAAAAGAUUACAUUUGGAACCCUGGACUUCGACGGCAGCCACGAAAGUGCUCACCCAGGAAGAACGACUAAUGCGUAUCGACCAACUUAAACGUCUACGACAAGAUUUGAUCAACGUUCGAGGUCUAACAGAUCUUUGUCGCAAAAGGGAGAUUCGCAAAUACAGGCAAAUGGAGGUUAUCUAUGACGUGCUAGCUCAGACCCUUUUCCCUUCACAUCAGGCUAUACGGGAUGCAUUUGAAGUUGUACAAGGUCUCGACAAAGACGAUUACUUCAAAAAUCCAGUUUCGAAAAGUGAUGUCCCGGAUUACUAUGAAAUCAUUAAACACCCCAUGUGCUGGACAAUCAUUGACGCGAAGCUAGACCAGCACCAGUAUUGGAACCUCGAUGAAUUUCGUCAUGAUUUGGAACUUGUGUCAGACAAUGCACUACUAUACAACCAACCCAAGACUGACUUUUACAACACCGCUAAGAAGACUAAGGAAAAGACGAGAGCAGUCCUGGACUCCCUGGAGUCCAUUAGAUACCAUCACGAUCCGUCAUCUUGGGCGCAUAUGCCCCCGGAGCUCAAGCAAGAAGGCGAAGAAAAUAACUCUGUACCACCUAUUGGCGACCUUGAAUCCCCGGUCAAUGUUCUGGAACUCCUUAUGACCUCAAAUCCUAUACGAGAAGAUCUAAACAUGGAAAUGGAGACCGAUCCUGUGACUUCGCUACUGAACUAUGAGUUCGCGAGAGUCAAACCACCUCCACUUCAUCCGCCUACACCUCCACCAGUUCCUCAUGCCAGACCUCGUAAGACAAAGGCUAAGCGCGACAGGAAGGCUGAAGCGGAACGGGCCAAGGCCAAUAAGGAAGCUCGCGAGGCUGCAGAGGCGGUGGGAGUAGCGGGAUAUCGGUCAUCAGCCUCAGAGUUCGAGAAGCAGGAGGACCAGGAAAAACAGGCACAGGAGCGCUUGAGAAGAAGCCUGGCAAGAGAGGAAGUAAAGGAUCUCCAUGCAGUUUUAGAUGCAUCAGCUGGAUUCCGCGCUCCGCGUACCAGAAAUGCAAAGGCUAUCGCGGCAGCAUUUGAGGCUGAGGCUCAUAGUUCAAGCUCGGCUUCAGGGCCUGUCCUACCAUUGUACCCUUCGGAACAGGAGACAUUAUCGGAGAAUAGCAAAGCGGAGAGAUUAAAGAAGCGAUCUUCCAUCGUUUCAAUCAGCCAGCCCUCCACGCCAAUGCUCGUCGAUCAUGUCGACAACAGGGAUUCUUUCAACAUGUUCAACGCUGGUUGGAUCUUACCUCCAGACCAGAAACGUGGUGGUAGGGUACCUACCGAGAGGCAAGCCCUACCUCCCCCGAAGAAGCGGCAGAAAACUGAUCAUGGAGGUUUAAGGCUGUCAAUUGUUAGCACAGCACCUUCAGAAGGCCAUGAUCCCAAUAGCACGAACACUGCGCCGUCGUCUUCUGUCCCUCCUGAAAGCAAGUACCAUCCUGAUCAUUCCGUAGAUAUCAUGGAUAUAGAUGAGCAAAGGGGCGCAGGACCAUCCGUUCAUCGAAACAUUGAGCCAUCUAGCAUAUCUCGGGCAGGAUCACAUUUGGGUGAUAAUGAGGUGGACGGACCUCUCAAUGUCGUUACUCAACCAAACGGGGUUGUUAUCAUUGAGAAACUUGACACACCUGCUAUUCGUCGCGAGCGCAACAUGCGUAGGAAGGCAGAAAAAAGGCGGCAAGCCGCCCUUGGCCCUGAUGGAACGUCCAUCUCUGCAGGAAGUAGUACUAUCUCUGGAAUCAAGCCAUCUGCAGAUCAACCAGAGGAAAUCACUUCUGGUAAUUUCUCUCUACGACCUCCCGCCUCCAUGGAAGACGUCGAGGCUAACUCUGCGAAAGAAAUUGUUCGUAAUGGUGAAGACGAUGACGAGUCUGAACUGAGUGAAUUGAGCGAUGACUCGGAUGCCUCUGAAUUUAUUGAUGGAGAGGAUGCUCCUCCUCCUACGCCGCCGCCGCCUCCAGUACACGUUCCUCCUCCACCAGUUUUCAAGGGACGAAAACCUCGGCCAAGGAAAGCCCCUCGAAUGGAGCAAUACGAGGACGGGACUGUCGACUCUUACCCAUGGUGGCCUGCCGUAGUACACUCAGAUACUAAUUCAGAAGUCCCUGGUAAUAUUUUGCAAGCUCACAAGGAAAAGCGAAUGAAAAGGAAGAUAAAACUGUUCAUAGUACAAUAUUAUGACAAACAGGCGUCAUGGCAAAGUGUUCCCAGGGAUAAGCUUCAGCUUUUGGGCGAAGACAAAAAUAUCGAUGAAGAGAUGCUCUCAUCUAAUGCCAAGCAGAAGUGGAAGACUUCGGCCUCGAAGCAACAAUGCCGAGAAGCUUAUGAGAUGGCUCUGGCAGCGAUUGACAACGAUGGAAAUCCUGCUCAUCAUGGCAGAACUCGACCUGGGACUAGCGGCGAUACGAGUAAUGCUGGGAAAUAG